ACAGAGAGAGAGGUUGGUGUUUGAGUCUCGACACCAACUGCGUCUCUCUCACAUUGUGUAUGCUACGGUUUUUCUGAGAUCGUGGAGGCCGAAAUUUCGCCCAUUUUCACUGUUCUAUCAACUUCCGUACACUUUCAUCGCUUUAUUCCACGCGUAAAGCUUCAUUGUCUCUGCUUUUCCUUCAUAUUUGCGCUUUGAAGCUACGUCUUUGUAUAUAAUUUUCCCAUCUCUCUCCUAUUGUGGUCCGCAGAAAGUUUGCUUAGACGACGGACGUUGAGGAAGAGCGAGCAGAGAGAGUAGCCAAGCCGAAGCGUUCAGAGUUGGGUUUUUUUUCACAACAACGCGGGCAAAGAGGCUGAAGCGGCGACUUAUGUGGGACUCAGAAGAGAAUCACAGAAGGAAUUGGAGCUUCUCUGUUCUCUAACGCCUAACAGCUUGGUGAAAAGGACAAACAAACCAGAGAUGAUGAUGCGUCUAAUAUCGUUUAACAAGUGCAACAACCUUGCUUUUAACAUCUAAACCGUCUUGCAUUUUAGGGAAGCAAUAGCGACUAACUGUUGAUAGAAACUGGAAAUUAAGAAAUGGGAGCAAUAGGUGGGGAAGAGCUAAUGAAGUGGGAGAAGAUGCAAGGAGUGAGUGGUCGGGAGGAGAAGAUUCUUGUUCUUGUCAGAUUGAGGCCUUUGAGUGAGAAGGAGAGUGCAUCGAAUGAAGUUGCAGACUGGGAAUGCAUCAACGACACCACAAUCUUAUACCGGAACACCCUGCGUGAGGGAUCCACAUUUCCAAGUGCCUAUUCUUUUGACAAAGUAUUUCGGGGCGACUGCUCUACAAGACAGGUAUACGAGGAAGGGGCCCAAACAAUUGCUCUUUCAGUUGUCAGCGGUAUCAACUCUAGUAUUUUUGCAUAUGGGCAAACAAGCAGCGGAAAGACAUACACUAUGGUUGGAAUUACCGAGUACACAGUGGCAGACAUAUUUGACUAUAUACAAAGGCAUGAUGAAAGAGCAUUUGUUUUGAAGUUCUCAGCAAUUGAGAUAUACAAUGAAGCUGUCAGAGACCUUCUUAGCACAGAUAAUACUCCUCUUAGGCUGCUAGAUGAUCCUGAGCGAGGGACUAUCGUGGAGAAAGUUACAGAAGAAACUUUGAGGGACUGGAACCAUUUUAAGGAGCUCCUUUCCAUUUGUGAAGCUCAAAGACAGAUAGGGGAGACAUUGCUGAAUGAGAGAAGUUCCAGAUCUCAUCAAAUUAUCAAAUUGACAAUCGAAAGUUCUGCUCGCGAGUUCUUAGGCAAAGGCAAUUCAACCACCCUUGCAGCAAGUGUGAAUUUUAUAGAUUUGGCAGGGAGCGAGCGUGCAUCUCAAGCAUUAUCGGCUGGGGCAAGAUUGAAAGAGGGUUGCCACAUAAAUCGUAGUUUACUUACUCUGGGAACCGUUAUUCGAAAAUUAAGUAAGGGAAAACAUGGACACAUCAAUUACAGAGAUUCUAAGUUGACUCGCAUUCUGCAGCCUUGCUUAGGUGGCAAUGCUAGAACUGCCAUCAUUUGCACUCUGAGUCCUGCACGAAGCCAUGUUGAGCAGACUAGAAACACUCUUCUGUUUGCUUGUUGUGCAAAAGAAGUGACGACAAAAGCACAGGUCAAUGUUGUCAUGUCCGAUAAGGCCCUGGUUAAGCAUUUGCAGAAAGAGCUGGCUAGGUUGGAGAGUGAGUUGAAAAGUCCCACCCCUGCUUCCUCAACUAGUGAUUAUGCAGCACUACUGAGAAAGAAAGAUCUCCGGAUUGAAAAGAUGGAGAAGGAAAUUAGUGAGCUAACUAAGCAACGAGAUCUUGCUGAAUCGCGGAUUCAGGAUUUGCUUCGCAUGAUUGGAAAUGAACAGAAUUCAAGACAAGCUAGUAUUAGUGAUCAUCCUAGAUCUCAUGGGGAAGAUAUGUGGGACGAUGAUUGUUCAGUAUCAGAAUCAAGUGUUACUGAUCUUGGUUAUCCAAAUGUAGGUGUCAGAAAGUUUGAAAAUCCUCAUUAUGAUGAUGGAGAUGGAGAUGGAGAUGGCAGGAGCUAUCCAGAGGACCAUUCUCUUUCUGAUGGUACCUUUUCACCACUGUCAACUGGAAAGCAAUUGGUUAGAUCUCAUUUUAGUCAGGGGCAAGCGGACAGUGCAGUAGGAACUGCAGAAGAUGCUGAUGACUACUGCAAGGAAGUUAGAUGUAUCGAGAUGGAAGAGUCAAGCAAGGACAAGAAUUCUGAAUCCCAUGCCUUGAGAACUGGUAGAAAUGAAGAAACACUGGCUUUGAAUGUGUCUAGGGAUGGAGAUGGAGCUGGCCAGGAAAUGAUGUCGACUCCUGUGAAUGCAAAUAGAGAAGCCAUGGAAGCUGGUAUGAUGAGCUCUGGAAGGCUUAAGUUAACAAGGAGCUGGAGUUGUAGGGCAGAUCUCAUGACUGACUCAAUUGAGAGCACCCCACUUAAUUGGUUUGAAAGAGAAUUCCCUGGAAGACCAGAAGGUCUUAGAAGGAAGUUGCCUUUAUUAACUUAUGAUGCCAACGCUAGAAGCUUGUCAAGAAAUGAUUCUCAGUCUUCUUUUGGGACUGCUUCCAUAGAUGAGCAACAAGCGAAGGGCGCCAAAACUUCUGCGGAUGUGGAAAUUACAAGCAUUCAAACUUUUGUUGCGGGACUAAAGCAAAUGGCUAAACUUGAUUAUGAGAAGCAACUUGUUGACGGUCAUGACCAGGAGACGGGACCAACUGUUAAUAAGUUUGGAAAGGAUGUGCAAGAUGUAGGAGUUGAUCCAAUACUUCCAUCACUAGAAGCUCCUCUAGAUUGGCCACUGGAAUUUGAGAGGCAGCAGAGAACGAUAAUUGAACUCUGGCACACCUGCAAUGUAUCACUAGUCCACAGAACCUACUUCUUCCUGCUCUUCAAAGGUGAUCCAACGGAUUCCAUUUACCUUGGGGUGGAGCUAAGGAGACUAUCUUUCCUCAAGGAAUCAUUUUCUCAUGGAAAUCGGACUCUGGAAAAUGGUCGGACUCUCACACUGGCCUCAAGCAUGAAGGCUCUUCGUCGGGAGAAAGAGAUGCUGAGCAAGCUAUUGCAGAAAAGAUUUUCAGAGCAAGAGAGAAAGAGGCUUUUCCAAAGAUGGGGUAUUGCAUUGGACUCAAAGCGCAGGAGACUGCAGCUGGUGAAUCAACUGUGGGGCAACACAAAUGAUAUGAAUCACAUCAUAGAGAGUGCUGCUAUUGUUGCAAAGUUGAUAAGGUUUGUAGAACGGGGGCGGGCCCUCAAAGAGAUGUUUGGGCUUAGCUUCGCUUCUCCACAUGCAAGACGGAGAUCGUUUAACUGGAAAAACAACAAGGCAAUCCUUCUGUGAGCUUUGUUUAUAUGCCCAUACAUAUAUAAAAUAGUAGAGGUGAUGUCUUGCGGGUUAGAUUGGCCAUAUAGCUUCUUUUUUCACGAUUGAGAUUGAGACAGCUUGUUUAUGAUUGUAAUAGAAGCCUAAAAAUCUUGACUUGGAAAACUUCAUUGGGUUUUGGGAAUCUGGCUUUUGUUGUAUCCUUCAUGAAUAUAAUCCAUGCGUGUCAAUUUCUUG